CCCUUCCACAAAUGGCAUUGAUUAGUUCUAAUUCAGUUGUUACAAUGAAGGUCGCUCUAGCUCUAAUUAUUGUGGUACUGAUUGGCACGGCUUCAGCCAGUCCAAUUCUGACUACUGCCCAACGAGUUGCAAAGUACAAUUAUCCAGUGGAGACGCAUAAAGUUCAAACCUCCGAUGGCUAUAUCCUCACCAUGUUUCGGAUUCCCUAUUCACCGAAGUUGAAGAAUCAAAAUAAACACCGACCAGUUGUGUUUUUGCAACAUGGACUUUUGAGUUCUUCGGAUUGCUUCAUUCUCAAUGGACCCAAUAAUGCUUUGGCAUAUCUUCUAGUCGACGCAGGCUAUGAUGUUUGGUUGGGAAAUAACCGUGGAAAUAUGUAUUCAAAGAAACAUGCCAAAAUUUCAAGCCUUUUACCGAGUUUCUGGGAUUUCACUUGGAAUGAAAUUGCUCUGAUGGAUUUGCCAGCAAUGAUUGACUAUGUGCUGUUUCACACUAACGAAAAAGCUCUUCAUUACGUUGGUCACUCACAAGGCACAACAAUAUUUUUCGUUCUUAUGUCCGAAAUGCCGAAGUACAAUGCCAAAAUCAAGACCUCUCAUAUGUUGGCUCCAGUUGUGUAUAUGGAACAUAUGACGAGUCCCAUGGCAAAAGUUAUGGGCCCAAUGCUUGGUCAACCAAAUUUAAUUACCGAAAUGAUGGGAAAUAGCGAAUUUAUGCCAAACAACAAGCUCAUCUCGAUGUUGGGCUCACAAGCUUGUCACGAUGCAUCAAUCUUUCAGCCAAUGUGUGGAAAUAUUUUAUUCCUUAUGGCUGGUUGGGAUUCAAAACAUUUAAACACUACAUUGCUACCAGAAGUUUGCGAAACUCAUCCAGCUGGUUCAUCUACCGGACAACUUCUUCACUAUUUACAAGAAUAUCAAUCAGGAAAGUGGCGAAAAUAUGACUACGGAAAGGUGAAGAACAAUCUGAAGUAUAGCAAAUGGUCACCACCAAACUACACUGAAAAAAAUAUCGUUGCACCAGUUCGAUUGUAUUACAGUGAUAAUGACUACUUUGCUGCUGUGGUAGAUGUUCAUAAACUGAUACGUCAAUUGCCAAAUUGUGUAGAGAGUUUUCAUGUGCCUUAUCCGAAAUUUAAUCAUUUGGACUUUUUGUGGGCCAUGGAAGUGAAAUCGUUAUUGUAUGACAGGAUUAUAAAUGUAGCUAAUCGUUUUGAAAAAACUGGUAAACAGUAGGAAAAUAAACAAUUUAUAAAGAGAUAUGUGAUUCGUA